CUGGUCUCAAAGGUGUUAAGCUUAAUUUCAUCGAGACUUUUUGGACCAUUUGGAGAAAGCUCUCAGGAUAACGUGAAAUCUAAAAUGAGCCGACUACUCACACUGCUGCUGUUGUUAUUGAAAGGAACCAUCCUCCUUGCUGAAGAUGGGGAGAGUAUCCAUUACAUAGGUAGAGACUAUCGCCUGUUUCCUGUCUCGCCUGAAGGGAUUCAUUCUAAUGUAUACUCUGAUGAGUCGGAUGACGAAGCCUUGCAGACAGGCGCGCGUCCCUUUGAAGCGUCUUUGCAGGUGUUUGUCCCAGCUUACGGCUGGCGCCACUACUGCACAGCUGCAAUCGUAGAUGACUGCAAGGUCCUUGCCCCAGCGCACUGUCUAACGCUGUUUCCAGAGUUUUCUCUGCGUGUUCAAGUCGGCGUCCUGGAUUUUAAAACCACACCUGAAGAUUUCAGCCAGUUCAUUAACAUAUCAGAUGUGUAUCUCCAUGAAGAUUACGAAGAGGGAAUCAGAAGUAUCGUCAACGAUAUUGGGUUUGGUUUUUUGUCCCAAACCUUGGUUUUUAACGAGCACGUGCAGCCUGCUAAAAUCACAUUAUCAAGGAAGGUUAUGAGGAACUGCCUUAUGUACGGACGAGGAUCUGUUAUUGUUGAUGGACCUUUAUAUUCGGUGCCUCUGGAGACAGAAGUUCGUAUUAAGUCCUAUAAGAUCUGUCAACCAGUACACCAACAGCUAGGCUUUGAAAUGACUUAUAAACAAGUUUGUCUUGAGAGAAACAGUUCCAACUAUCUCGAUGUGUUGCCUUGUUUAGCUGAUGGUGGAGGUCUGCUCUUGUGCGGAAGAGAGCACGAUUAUCUGGCUGGCAUUGCAUCCUAUACGUUCUUUUGUCAAGAACACCUUCCUGCUGUCUAUACACAGUUGGUUUCCUACUUCGCUUGGAUCAAAGAUCAUAAAAAUGACAACUGUAGACUGAAAGUUCACUAUGAGGACAACUAAGGGAGAAUACCAAAAGAAUAAGAUAAGGACAAAUAAGGGAGAGAAGUAGCAAAAUAUGACGAAUAAUGAAAGAUGUUUCUUUAUAUACAUUAGAAAUGAAUCGAAACUUCGAAAUACAUUUUAAAAAUACA